AUGGAAGCGGCAAGCAAUGAGGGCUGUGAUACGUUGGGUUCGCUUCAAAAACCAAAUAACGCAAUCCAAGGAACAUUGAACGAAUGGACAUUUAGAAACUUAAAUAUUAAUUCUUUCGAUUCUUAUAUUAAAUCGGCAAGAACUGAAUUAGAAUUUAAGCAGCCCCACGGUAAAAGAACCAAAGCUGCUAAGAAACUUCAAGGAGAAGUCCGAAACCUAUUUAAAGAAGGAAACGACGAUAUAAGGAAAAAAGCUUACGAGCUGGUAAACUAUUGCGAUAACUUAGCAGAUAAUUGUCUUGAUGAAGAAAAAAUUGAACUAGUUCUUGCUAAAGCCAUAGGAGGCAGAUUUAACGAUUUGCUAAUUCCGCAAUUUUAUCUUAGUGGAGAGAAAUUAAAAAACGCCCAAGCAAAUGCUAAGCAUGGCCAGCAUGGAUCAGUAAGAGUCAGAGUCAAAAAAAGGCUUUUAGAGCCACAAGGAAACCAAUUAUUCGUUAAAUGA